GUAACCUGGAUUUAAGGGGAAUUAAAGGGACCGAGACAGGCAUAUGCACGCGCAAAUUGCUCUCAGCCACGCGAUAAAGUUUUAUAAAUAUUCGCGCGCACGAAUUCCACGCGGAAUAUCGAUUUUUUUCCCAGCGGGGAACGUCUUCAUCCCUAGGGAAUUAUCGGGAUGUCCCCGCUCGUUACACCAGCGAGAUAUCAAGAGAUCGCCAUUCGCGCGCUUCGAAGAUGAUCGAUCGACGCGUGUUCUCAAAAUAAUAAAACCGCCGCCGGCUGGGGAACAUUCGUUUGUAUGUUCCUCGUGCGUCUGCAAUAACGCAAUAUACGGUAAAUAUUUUCCGACGCGGAAGCAAAGCCGAGAGAGAGGGAGAGAGCGCGUGCGAACGCGGGCAACGUCUCGGCAAUUCGGCAGGAGGAACGUGCGUAUCUUCGCGAUCGCGUAUUCGCGUGCACACACGGGACCGCCGGUAUAACGGGAGAGGCUGACGGCCGUUGGCAGUGGAGGGUUUCUACAUAUAGAGGUGAGAGCGGCUGGCGAAACCAUUCAGUCUCCUCGAAACCGCGUAGCAAUAAAAGACGGAUAUAAACAAUAGAGCGCCGCUCAUCGGCCCGCCGGAAGCGUCGAUCACUAUUCACGUGCGUAGACGUCAACGACCAGGACGGAGAGUCGCACAUUUCCGCCGGAACUGCCGACCGGAAUCGCCGGGCGCUCUUCGACGCAAUCUCGUGGACCUCUGAGACCUCCGUCUCGCAUCCGCGAGAACGCCUCCUCCGGUGAUCUCUUAAUUGCACGAAGGAUAUGGAGCAAGGUGGCAUCUCGAUAAUGUCCCCACCGGGUGUGGUGGAGGGCUCGGUCGGGAAGUCCAAGAGCAUCGGCAUCACGCUCAGGUCCAACGGCAGCAUGCGGACGGCGAAGGAGAAGCUGAAGACGCCCUGGCUGAAGAAGCUCAUGAAGGUGGACACUACCUUGUGGGACACAUUCUUGGCUGCUUUGGGGGAAGUGAUUGGCACGGGCAUACUGUUGUUCUUGGGAUGCAUGGGAUGUGUUGGCACUAUGGGAAUAGAGCCGACGCCCAUACAAAUUGCCCUCACCUUUGGUCUCGCCAUCAUGGCUGCUAUACAGUGCGUCGGUCACAUUAGCGGAGCUCAUUUAAAUCCGGCCGUUACGGCGGCGGCUGUAAUCCUCGGCAACAUAUCUAUCCCGAUCGCUGGAGUCUACAUGGUUGCACAAUGUUUGGGCGGUCUGAUAGGUUACGGCCUGCUAAAGAUGAUAACGCCGUAUGAGCUUCUACGCGCUUCUAAUUUGACGGAGAGCGCGUCCUUCUGCACGAACGACGUCUACGGAAAACUGUCACCCGGUGCCGGAGUCGCGGCCGAGCUUUUAGCUACAGCAAUACUCGUAUUUUUCGCUGCUGCGACCUGGGAUCCGCGGAAUGCGAGGACCAUCGACUCGCUCUCGCUCAGGUUCGGUCUCUGUGUCACGGUGCUGUGCUUCGCCUUCGUACCUUACACCGGUUGCAGCAUGAACCCCGCCAGGACGUUCGCACCCGCCCUCUGGAACGGUUACUGGAGCAACCACUGGGUGUAUUGGAUCGGACCGUUCUUGGGCGCUAUUAUAUCGGCCUCGAUCUAUCGUUGCGUGUUUUUGCCCAAGACGAAUCGGGAGGACUCCAAGCAAGACGCGAACACUUUGAACGGCAUCGAGACGUAGACGAAAUCCGAGCGAAAUUGCAUUCCGGUUGUCGGUGGUUCACAAAUUGAACGAGAAAUCCUGAUCGCGCUGGUAUUUUCCCCGGUUGAAAAAGAGAGGACGUUGUGAAAGUUCCGGCGGAAACUCUCUCGUGCGGAGCAACGGAAGCAGAUCGGACAGGCAUCGAACUUUACGGAUUUUUACUUCCAAGGCGCUCGGAUACGUCUCAUUCGUGCACCCUGCGGCCCGGGAGGAUCGCGACUGCCACGCGGCGAGGACUUCUCGACUAUAGACUGAUCUGACGGAUUGUUUUUGUACAAAAAUACGACGUUAUACAUUUGUAAAAUGGGGACGUCGUGAAGCAUACCCUCUCCGUUCGCCUCUAUGUCGUAGACGUAAAAUCUCGCAUUCAUUAUGAUAAUUACUUUUUGUUUACCUUUAGUCCGUAUCACGGCUGGGCAGAACUACAUUUUAAGCAAACAAAAUGCAAAAUACGAAUUAAAAAGCGCUCCGAGCGCUGAAAUGUUUAUUCCAAUUAAUAACACGCGAAAUAACAUUCCAAGUGACUUGCACAAAAUAGUUAUAUAUAACAGUUAUAUAAUAAUUAUACGAGUAAAAAAAAAUAUUUGAAUACAUUUUACUCGGAAAAUACAAAAUAAAAGAGAUUGUAUUUUGCAUUUCAAACAUUCACAUUAGAAGUUUAUUCGAAAUGUUGUCCAGCCAGUUUAGAUAGACAAAUUUGCGGAGUCACGUUGACUCCGAAAAUUUGUCUUUUUUAAGUCCUCCGCUAACUUUCCUUCAUUUUACUCGUAUUGUCCUACAUCCGAUCCUUAUUUACGAUCCAGAUUUUUCCCUCUGCUCUCGCCAUCUCUACAAAUUUUUCUUUGAAUGUCUUUUUCUAUCUUUGUGAGGUCAUUCUUUACGAACGGUUUAUUUCGUUUCAAUUUAUACUUUUCUUCGUCACCAUUGUUUCCUUGUUUUUCCAAGUGCUCAUCUUCGCUAUUAUUAUGCCGCCACUCUAGCCACCUUUCUUAUCCAAUGUAUUCCUUUCACGUUCGUUUCUAAUUCUUGUCUCCUACUGAUUUUUGUGCAGUUUCCUCGAGUGGCAAAUUCUCGUCUUUAACUACACAAUUCCCUUUUUUCCUCUCGCUUCGCCUUUGUUGCUUUCUUAGUUACAAAGAAACUACACGUGGUGUCCCGCGGUUGCGUUCGUGCGAGCGACGUACCGGUGUUAGACGUGCAUACACACAUACACACACACCGAUACGGCGAAUUUAUGCUACCCGUUUACUUCUUCUCUUUGUAACGCGAAGCGCACGAAAAAGAAAUCUCACAUGCAUUAUGCGGUAGAGCCGCUGCAGCUGUAUCGCCGCGCUUUUUAUUAAUUAUUAGCGAAUUUAUGGGUUACAGACUCGACCGGUCCGUUCGCUCGCAUUCUACUAAAUUCGCCGCCAUUAUAUCGCGCAUGUACGCGAUGCAGCUCGUUAAGGCCAAGGUGGCUGUUCUCGCGGAGCAUAACGCGACGGCCCUCUCUUAUCCCUGCUGCGACGAAAUUCGAAAUAACGGAAUUAGUCUCGGUGAAUUCAGGAAAUUACCUCCAUCGCCGUCGGUCGCGCCAAAGUUUUAAUUGUACUCGGUAGUAUGUCUGUAUGCGAGCGAAAGUGUGUAAUGCCUGCGUGUGUGCGUGCGCCUGUACAUGUGUACGCGAUUGCAAUUACGUUUGCGGCUUAAUGUAUAUGUAAAUAUAAGAUACGCGAUAGAGAGAACCCGUCGCUUUCCAUUUUAUUCCCCGUUGUGGAUAACAAUAACUUUAAGAGCCCGAGUGCGUAAAUGCGCGGUAGAUUUCGGUCAGCGAAUUCGCAGGGUUCGUCUGCGCGCGAACGGCGGUGGAUUCGAAUUUUGGAUUACACGACUGUCGAGCGCGGCGUGUACGAGUUCUCAAACUGUAAUGGCGGGGUGCGAAUUAAAUAAAUUCGAUGCGACAUUUUAA